AUGGGAUCUAUCGUGGACGUCGCCAAGGGCCGUCUUUCUGGCAAGAACGCCAUCAUCACCGGAGCUGCUGGCGGCAUCGGUCUUGAGACCUCGAUCUUGUUUGCGAGGGAGGGCGCAAACAUCCUGAUGACCGAUAUCUCAGAGCCUGCCCUACAGAAGGCAAAGGCGAAGGUCACACAGCUCGUCCCUCAUGCCGGCCGCGUAGAGACACUGGUUUGCGACGUCUCCAAGGAAGCCCAGGUGCAGGCCGCCGUCGAAUCGCUGGACGCGUGGGGCGGCCUGGAUGUCAUCUUCAACAACGCCGGAAUCAUGCACGCGCAGGACGACGACGCCGUCGGCACGCCCGAGAAGAUCUGGGACCUGACCAUGGACAUCAACGUCAAGGGCGUCUGGUACGGCUCCAAGCACGCCGUGCUGUCGCUGCGCAAGCACAACAAGACCAAGGGCAGCAUCAUCAACACGGCCUCGGUCGUGGCCCUGGUCGGCUCGGCCACGCCGCAGCUCGCCUACACGGCGUCCAAGGGCGCCGUGCUGGCCAUGACGCGCGAGCUGGCCAUCGUCCACGCGCGUGAGGGCUUCCGCUUCAACAGCCUGUGCCCGGCACCCCUCAACACCCCGCUCCUGCAAGACUGGCUCGGCGACGACGCCCCCAAGCGCCUGCGCCGCGAGAUCCACUUCCCCACCGGCCGCUUCGGCGAGGCCAUCGAGCAGGCCAACGCCGUGCUGUUCCUGGCCAGCGACGAGGCGAGCUUCGUCAACGGACACGAGAUGGUGGUCGACGGCGGCAUGACCAAGGCCUACGUCACCCCCGAGGGCCAGCCCACGGCCGCCCCCGUCAACAACGCCUCCAAGACGGAGCUGUGA